AUGUCACUCAAGAACGGACUUGCACAUGCCCGUCUCUGGCAUUUGGUUGAUGCCAAGGAUAAGAUCCUUGGAAAACUUGCGCAGCGAAUCAGUAUUGCUCUCAGGGGAAAAUACAAACCCAAUUAUCAUCCAGCAGAGGACAUGGGCGACUAUGUUGUUGUGAUUAAUGCCAAGGAUGUUGCCUUGACUGGUAAAAAGUCGACCCAAAAAGAGUAUAUGUGGCACAGUGGAUAUCCAGGUGGACAGACCGUGCUCAAGUUUGACAAGUUUAUUGAACGUCAUCCUACCGAGCCAUUGAAAAAGGCAGUUUGGGGUAUGAUGCCCAAGGGAAAUCUUCGAAAGGAACAGAUUCACAGACUAAAGCUAUUUGCAGGCAGCGAUCACCCAUAUGCAAGCAACAUUGUCAAAUCAUAUAUUCCCGAGCCAGUAGUAGCGGUAAAGACGGAAACUGUAGCGGAUAAUUCAGCAUUGCAAGCCUCGUUACCACCACCUGUUAAGAUCAAAUUCGGAAAGCGAGCUAAAAAAUAA